CAAAAAAAAAAAGUCCUAAAGCACUUUUCGGGGCAAAGCAGUCUAUCCUCAUCACGCCAUCGGUAGGGUUCCGGCGAUUCCCCAUGGCCGGCCGCCACCGCAACCCGCUGCCCCCUUCCUAUCCCCGCGGCGGCGGCGGCAACCAUCCGCCUCCCCCACUUCACCACCCGCUUCACCCCCACCUCCCGCCCCACCACCCCCUCGACGACUUCCGCGACCCGCCGCGCCUUCCCCCGCACCACCACCUCGACGACUUCCGCGAUCCGUCCCGCCUGCCGCCCGGCCACCCCGACAGCUUCCAGGAGCCGCCGCCACCGCAUCUCCGCCAUUUCGUGGGGCACGGCCACGGCGGCGCCGGUGGCCCCCUGCCUCCCCAGCCGCACGUGGUGGCAGCGCUGGAGGAGCGGCUUGGCGCGGAGAUCGACGAGGCGCAUGCGCUGCUUGCGCAGAACCAGCGGCUGGCCGCGACGCACGUUGCGCUCGUGCAGGAGGUCGCUGCCGCGCGGCACGAGCUCGGCCGCACCGCGCACGCGCUCACCUCCGCUCAGGAGGAGAACGACCUACGCCUUCGCGAGGUCUAUGAGAGGUCAAUGAAGUUGGAAGCAGAGCUCCGGGCAGUACAUGAAAUGAGAGCAGAGCUUGCACAAGUUCGUAUGGACAUUCAAAACCUGGGUGCAGCGAGGCAGGAACUCAUGGGCCAAGUUCAGGGAUUGACACAGGAUUUGGCUCGGUCGGCAGAAGACUUGCAGAAGGUGUCUGCAUUAAAAGCUGAGAUCCAGGAGAUCAAACAUGAAACACAACAUUUGAGAUCUGGUAUUGAGCUUGAGAAGAAAGGAUAUGCAGCGAGUUAUGAGCAGGGACAGGAGAUGCAGAAAAAUUUGAUUUCAGUGGCUUCUGAGGUGGAGAAACUUCGAGCUGAGGUUGCUAAUGCGGAGAAGAGGUCACUGGCCGUUGUGUCUGCAGGCAAUCAAGGUUAUAUUGGAAGCUAUGGGAACCCCAAGGCCAAUUAUGCUGCUAACCCUUUUAACUCUGGAUAUGGCAUUAAUCAAGCAAAUGCUGCCACUGAAGCUGGUUCCCAGUAUGGAACUAGUGCAGCGCAUGGUUCUUGGGGUGGCUAUGACUUGCAAAGGGCGUCCGGGCAUAGAUAAGUACUGUGAAUUUGUCAGACCUUUCACCGAAGUGUACACGGAGCUUUGGCCAUGACUGUAUGAACGUUGUGGUGGAUCAGAUGUUGAACAGAUAGGGCACAGGUAGAUGAAUUGCGCACAGAUUUGCUUUAGUUUAGCUUCUAUCGGCAUGUGCAGCGGAUAUUUAUUGAAUCAAGCGUGAAUAUAUUAUUUUCUAUCGGAGACGUGUGAUCUGAUGUGCAAUUGUGAAUGUGAUGUUUACAGAUGAUUAUUAAUAAAAAAAACGUUGAACUAGUUA